UCGAAUAGCUUAGGUUAGUCGCCCAUCAGUUUUUGUUGAUGUUUCUGAUUAAGCAUUUAAUCUUUGUAAUAUUCAACAAUUCAACAAUCCAUCAUAAAUUAGUCCAAAACAUACACAAAAAUAUUUUCCCAGCUGUUCUUAUUCUGUUGGGCGAGGUUUAAAUGCAGGUCCUUUGUCCCAUCUUUGACAAUUCUCAAGGUUUACAAAAAGUUUACAAAGAUAAAUUUAAGGUAGUGCGUACCUCGUAUCUGAUUUGAACGACUUUAAUCUGAAAAAUAUAAAAGACCAAUCUUUUAGUAAUCCGCCGAACAACAAUGAUGUGUUCUUAAGUUCAUUUGACAAUGUUCGUUGUUCUCCACGCCCGAACAUUAAAUUUAGGAAUUUACAAUGCAAAAGCGUCUUAUGAGAUGACGAUAAGAAGUGGUACAUACAAACAUUCCCUCUUCCAUUAUUCUCUUUAAAAAGGCACCAUGGGGAAACUAACAGUCUAUCCUAAAUUCGACGAAAACCUCUCCCGGCGGGAUUUUGUUAUGUUUGCAGUCGUAUCGAUCCGGAGGGAAAAUUCAAGCAUCCUCAUGGCUACCUUUUCAGCAAGGGUUUCUUUUCUCAAUGUGAACAUAUGCCCAAGACUCCCUACCCUACUGUCAUCAUUGAGAGCCGAAAACCAUCGCCCACCAAUUCUGAACCAACGCAACCUAUGAGCGGACUUCGGGUUAAAAUCACCCGACGAAGCAAAUCACCACCAUCUAAAUAUGGAAAAAAGUAUUUCGACAAAUCAGUGCUUGAUGGUGUUCGAUACGAUAAUGAUGUUUACCAGAAUUCGCGUUACAGCGUGCCAGCCAUGUUUGAUCAUGUGACUGAUGAAGAUGGAAAAAAGAUUCCAGAAGUUGGGGAAAUGUCAUGGAUGGAGGAUGGUGACGAUUCUGUUCACGAAGAAAUAAUAGUGAAUUAUAUUGAGGAUUGGAACGACGAAGAUUCACCGGAAUUUCAUUUAGCUAACCAACAAACAACGCCAACUGAGGUCCUUUUGCCUCCAAUUGGGGGUCAAAAGUCCAAAUCAGGUACCAGCAAAUCUGAUUUAAGCAUACCCGGGCCAAAAGUUUCGGAAAAACUGCCUUUGAUUCAUGGCAGUGUCGAACGUAUCAACGCUUCAAGAGAACGACUCGAAAAGAAACCAAGUAGGAAAAAGUCUCGAAAAUCCUCCGAUGCAUCAAUUGACGACGCAGAUAUGAUCUAUGCGGGCGGAGAAGAUGACUAUGGACAUAUUAAGUACCACCACCGUGGAAUGUACGACUCUCUCCCAAGCGGAGGGCCUGAUAUACCAUCAUCCCGAGAGGCGUUAAGCAAAAACACAAGCAAAUCCUUGAAUGGAGAAAUGUCACUUCAUGACCAAACGUCGGACAAGAAAAGCAGAUCAAGGUUAAGUUCCAGUGAAAUCUCGUUCGGAAUUCCGGAAACACCAUCAAUGAUUAUCGCUCGAAUCAAUAACUCCGACCACUGGUGUCAGUGUGAAGAUGUAGAUAUGUCCACUAUCAAGUGUCCAGAAUGCCAUAUAAUAGGUGGACACGAAAAAUGGUGUGUACAUUCGAGAUCUUCCGCAAAGCAAGGGAAUUGUCCAAAGUGUGGGAAACCCAUCAAAAGAAAAAAUAUCCGAGGUUCCAGUUAUAAACAUCAGAGACGAGAUUCUAAGUCUACAAGUAAAUCUGAAGAAUUUGAUAUUUCAGCUGGAAAGCAACGUGUUCGAUUUGAUGAUGAAGAUGAUCUUGACGAAAAGAAACGAUUAGAAAUGUUUAGAAAGAAUGACCAAGAUUACAUGGCUGGUGUAGAUGAAAUAUUGUAUGAUGAAGAAAAAUACGGCCGAUUAUGGACACCUACCACCCAGGACGAGAAUGAAGAACGCAAACCAAAAAGAAUCAAUCCCAACAUUCACCGGGAUGCCUACCUGCGCGCGCUCCUGGAAGUCAAAAACAACCAGUUGAAAAAGAUCUCUGAAGUAGAUGAACACUUUUUUGCAAGUAGACUAUGCCGCCCGCAUGUCUUUUCAUACUUUCGCCUUCGGCCACAGCAAGCAAAGCAUAAUGCAUUAAGCGAACCUUUCAAUAUAGGCUUAAAACCUGACGAAUCAAAAGGUAUUCCGCCUAGAAAGGGAAUGAAACAUAUAUUUGGGAAAGUGAAAGUAGACGACUUUUACCCUGGCGGAAAGAAAAAUCCGAGUUUCAAUAUCUCCAUGAAGAAAGAGGCCAAGAGACAAACGAUGCCAAUACACAGUAUUAACUACAGCAAAUAGACAACAAAGUUUUUUUUUUUAUAAAUGUUUGAAGA